UCAGAACUUAAAAGGCACUUUAAAUUGCAAAUGUGCAGCAGUUCAACGACUCGCUGCGACUCGUCUCGCAACUUUCUAUUGACCCAGCCUAAUCAGAGAAAUGCUAUAAAAACGCUGAGAACUGUUUGUGCGCGCCCAGUAUUAGCAUAAAUUCGCAAGAGCUGCCAUAAAACAUGUUUCGAUUGUGCUUACUUUGGGUGCUGUGCUGCGCCGGCAGCUGGAGCUCGAGCUGGAGCGCGCCAACGAGCGGGAGCGGGAGCGGAAGUGAGGGGCAGCAGCUGGUGCCGAUCAUCAAGUCGCUGGCAGAGCAAAAAAACGAUGGCUCCUAUUUCUUUGCCUACGAAGGCGCCGAUGGCAGCUACCGCGAGGAGGUGGGCAUCGUGAGGCGCUCAGGUAAACAUAAUGAUGAUGUUGACAAUGCUGAUGAUGAUGACGAUGCGGAGCUGGAAAUCUCUGGCGUUUAUCGCUACAUCGACAGCCAGGGCGAGCGUGUGGAGGUCAGCUAUACGGCUGACAAGAACGGCUUUGUGCCCCUAGGCACAAAUAUACCCAAGGAAAUAACAGAGACGGCCCGUAAUGCUGUGCAGUCGCUCGAGGUGCGAGCGGGGGCAAGCAGAGUUAGGAGUUAA